AUGAGAGCUCAUACAUUGAUGCGGGCGCAAGUCCGCUCUCUCGCGGGUACUCCAAAACCGGCAAUGCGACCACUUCACAAUUCGCUCUGUGCUCGACGAUGCCUCUCAACGGCUCCUUUUCGGUCUCUGCCUACAGCUUCACACCGGCUCCCGUUGAGCAGAAAGUGGGAAUUGAAGCGCAAUUAUGCUUCUGCAGCAGCUGCAGCAAUGCUUGAGCAAGCUGCCGCGGAGCCAGAAGGGCUUUCGCUGGAUUCCAUCAUUGAGAAUAUGGACCCGGUAGAGGCCGCAAGGAUAUCGAAGGUCCGAAAUAUUGGUAUCGCGGCCCAUAUCGACAGCGGUAAAACUACAUCGACGGAACGUGUCCUUUUCUACACCGGACGUAUUCAGGCUAUUCACGAAGUUCGUGGCCGCGAUUCGGUUGGAGCGAAGAUGGACUCCAUGGAUCUUGAACGUGAGAAAGGAAUUACUAUCCAAUCCGCAGCCACCUUCUGUGAUUGGGUUAAGAAGGAAAAUGGAAAAGAGGAGAAAUACCAUAUCAACUUGAUUGACACACCUGGCCAUAUUGACUUUACGAUCGAGGUCGAGAGAGCGCUCCGUGUUUUGGACGGUGCGGUUAUGAUCUUGUGUGCCGUUUCCGGCGUCCAGUCCCAAACCAUUACCGUCGACCGACAGAUGCGGCGAUACAACGUCCCCCGUAUCUCUUUCGUGAAUAAGAUGGACAGAAUGGGCUCCAAUCCUUUUAAGGCCGUUGAUCAGAUAAAUCAGAAGCUGAGGAUACCUGCCGCCGCAGUUCAGGUUCCGAUUGGAUAUGAAGAUGAAUUCAAGGGUGUUGUUGACAUCAUUCGAAUGAAAGCUAUUUAUAACGAAGGACCCAAAGGUGAAAUUAUCGUUGAAAAGGAUGAAAUCCCCCCCGACGUCCGUUCAGUAGCGGAAGAGCGAAGAAGGAUGCUUAUCGAGACCCUUGCCGAUGUUGACGACGAAAUUGCCGAGAUGUUCUUGGAGGAAAAAGAGCCGACAGUUGAACAGAUUAAGGCUGCGAUACGACGGGCCACAAUUGCUCUAAAAUUCACGCCAGUCUUUAUGGGCUCCGCUUUAGCAGACACGGCCGUCCAACCGAUGCUUGACGGUAUUUGCGACUAUCUCCCAAAUCCCGCUGAGGUUCAGAACCUGGCACUUGACCAGAAACGCAAUGAGGCUUCCGUCAAGCUUGUUCCAUAUAACUCUCUACCAUUCGUUGGUUUGGCUUUUAAACUUGAAGAAAGCAACUUUGGCCAGCUUACGUAUAUCCGUGUUUAUCAGGGCACUCUUCGAAAAGGAGCCAAUGUGUUCAAUGCUAAAAAUAACAAGAAGAUCAAGGUACCGCGCAUUGUCCGUAUGCACUCCAACGAGAUGGAAGAAGUUUCUGAGAUCGGUGCCGGCGAGAUUUGCGCCGUGUUCGGGGUUGACUGUUCUUCCGGAGACACCUUCACCGACGGACAAUUGAACUACUCCAUGACCUCUAUGUUCGUUCCUGAACCUGUUAUUUCGCUCUCCAUAAAACCCAAAAACUCCAAGGAACUUCCCAACUUCUCCAAAGCCAUUAAUCGGUUCCAACGUGAAGAUCCAACUUUCAGGGUCCAUUUUGAUCCCGAGAGUGAGGAGACAAUCAUUUCUGGAAUGGGUGAAUUACAUCUGGACAUCUACGUCGAGCGCAUGCGCCGUGAAUACCGAGUCGACUGCGAAACUGGAAAACCUCAGGUCGCAUACCGUGAAAGUAUUGGAAAGCAUGUUGAAUUUGACCACUUGCUCAAGAAGCAAUCCGGUGGACCUGGUGAUUAUGCGCGCGUUGCCGGCUGGAUGGAGCCAACUGGUAGCUUGGAGAAGAAUAAGUUUGAGGAGCAAAUUACUGGAGGCAGUAUCUCAGAAAAAUUCUUGUUUGCUUGCGAGAAAGGUUUCAACAUGGCUUGCGAGAAAGGCCCAUUAAUUGGCCACAAGGUCCUCGGUACACGUAUGGUUAUCAAUGACGGUGCUACCCAUAUGACCGAUUCGUCUGAAAUGUCGUUCAAGAAUGCCACACAACAAGCGUUCAAGAAAGCAUUUAUGGAAGCUCAGCCACAUAUUCUUGAGCCUCUCAUGAAGACAGUUAUUACUGCUCCAUCAGAAUUCCAGGGUGACGUUAUCGCCUUGUUGAACAAGCGCAAUGCUAUUAUUAAUGAUACAGAGACCGGUGUCGACGAAUUUACUGUCUAUGCGGACUGCAGUCUGAACGGCAUGUUCGGGUUUAGUACGAACCUGCGCGCCGCUACCCAAGGCAAGGGAGAGUACACCAUGGAGUUCAGCCAUUACGAAAAGGCGCCUGGACAGUUGCAGUAA